AUGACUACUAUUUUACAGAAGCAGAUAGAUCUGGUCCAGCAGGAUUCACACGUCUAUUAUGUUUCUUUUCAUCGUGACUGGAUUAUCGGACCCAGCAUCCAUGGAGGUAUUCUCGCCGCUAUUCUCCAACAUACCACCAAAAGACACUUCAUGACCACUCUAUCAGCACAGGACCAACCUGAUAUUCUUUCCAUGCAUAUCGAUUUCUUGCGGAUGUGUACUCAUGACCCCAUGGUCAUCACUGUGACCGAUCUCAAGACCGGUCAAGGAACCAGCACAAUCCAGCUACACCUCACGCAACCCGGCAGGAAUCCAAAUCGGCCAAAAAUAGCAGCUACCGCUACAGUUACUAAUUUUGACGUCUCGCUCGGCCCCAGCGCUCCUACUGACUGGAAACUGCAACCGCAGCCCAAGCCAUCACCAGACUGGAAAAAGCUAGAGGCAAAUUUUCCCGAUGACAACUGGCUACCUGUCAUUAUGGAUGGGGAAAUAUUACCCAUUAUGCGCCGUAUGACCCAGCUCAACCCUCGUGGUGGGUUCCCGAUUGCAGGACUCUGUGAUAUGUGGAGCUCUUUUGGCUCCGAGCGCAUCGAUUCCACACAUCUCACCCUUCUCACAGACCUCAUCGCCUCAAUGUCUGACACUAUUCUUCGAACAGGUGGCAUGUUGGACGCACACGCUAUUGGAAAUGCGACAGAGGCAUGGGCCGGUGAAAAUCCUGGUAUUCCGCUUCGACUAUCUAAUUCAUUGGAGCAAGCGCAAAUGGGUGGAAUGUGGAAUUCGACACUGACGCUAGAUAUCGAAUUCAAGCAGAGAUUGCCAAAAGAGGGAAUCGAGUGGGCCUUUUCGAGGGUGCUCACCAGGGAGCUCAAGAGUGGAAGGAUGGAUGUUGAAGUCACGAUAUGCGACCAAAGCAUGUCACCAAUAUGUGUGGCGCGACACAUGGUUAUUGUACUAGGUGCAGCAAGGAUGUUUGACAAUCACAAGCAAAAUCGAAAGGAUGGAGGCAGCGUGCUCUAA